CAACUGGGAAGAAGUUAUGUUACAAAGGUUCUACAUUCCAUCGUGUGGUUAAAAACUUCAUGAUUCAGGGUGGGGACUUCAGCGAAGGUAAUGGAAAAGGCGGAGAAUCAAUUUAUGGUGGAUAUUUUAAAGAGAAUGUGGUCUUUUGCAAAAUGAAAAGGUAAGAGAACGAAGCUCAGUAACACAAACUCCAAUUCUGUUCCCUUGCACCCUUCCUAAUAAAUUUAUGGACAGCCUGGGUUAGGUUGUGGCUGGAUUUCUUAAUAUUGCUUGAAGAAUUGGAAAAUUCUGUAUACUAUUUCAUACAUGCAUCUCUAUCUCUUUUCUUUUCCCAAUGGGUUAUUCUACAUCAGGGAAAAAAAUCUAGUUAUGUUUUUUUCCCCCUAAACCAAGCAAUUUCUUUGAAUAAAAGUUGGUAUUUCCUACUUCCUCAGAGGUUUGUAUGUUUUCUUUUGUAUACUAGAACUAUAUGAUUGUGUUUUAUUCCUACAGUAGUAGCAUUUGCAUAAGUCUCUAACUAUUGCACUUGCCCCAAAAAGCCUUAGAAAAGUCAGUUGCAGAGAUUUAUAAUGGGAUCCAAUCUUACUAGAUUUAAAUGCCAUGAUAGCUUCAGUGUUAUAAUAGUCUUUUAUAUUUCUUUUGGGGGAAAAUGGAUUACUACUCUUUUUCAGAAGCCUGUUCCCAAGGUAAUCAUUUUUUAAAGUUUUCUAUGUUUCUGUUUGUUCUAAAGAAAGAUUUGUUUGUAUGAAUGUUACAAGGAAAUUUAAAUUAGUUUUGAAGGUAUUUGCUGGAAUUAAAAUAAUCUCUGAGUGAUCUUCAUAACAGUUUUUCCUUUGAACCAGUAGGAAGCAGAUCAUUAGCUGGUUCUAUCAUCUUGUAGCAAUUUGAAACUAAUGUUGUAGGCCACUUUAAUGUGGUUGUUCCUGUGGCAGAUACUUGUGUAUCUUAAAAUUAUAUUUUGCCCUUUAAGUUUUUGUUUUUAUGGGACUUGCCUCCUUAGAUAAUUUUUGAUCCUAUCUAUUAGGAGUCUAUAUACAUUAAUUUAUGUACAUCCUUACAACUAAAAUUGUAACUUUGUUUUUUGCUCUCAUAGUCUAGCUUCAAUACAGUUGAAUAAUAAGUUUACCAUAUAGAAAUUAAGCACGUAAGAUUAUUAAACUUCUCCCAUAUAUAGUGCAUUAAGCAAGAUAAUUGGAAAGUUGAAGAAAGUGAGCUUUACUGUAGAGAUUUUUCUAAAAUCUCUUUACUGGUUUUCCCUUAAAGUUAAUACGUAGUUUACAUAUCAUUUAGCCAAAGUAUGUUACUACUAAAAGUGACUAUUCUAAGGCUGUUUGUAUAAAGCAUUAAAUAUAUGUUCUUUUCCCCAAGGCUUUAAGUAGUAUUUUUGAUCUUUUUAUGCUUUUGUUAUUUGAUUAGUUAAAAAAAUUUUUUUCUAAAUAUUCAGACAAGUAUCUAUACUGACCAGAAGAGGAAUUUCAUCCUUUGCUUUCUAGUUAUUACUGUGAACAUUACACUUUAAAAGUGGCUUAUAAUUGGAGACUGACGAAUUUGUGUUUUCUUCAAACAGAUGAAAACUUUAUUCUCAAACAUGACAGAGCGUUCCUUUUGUCAAUGGCAAAUCGAGGGAAACAUACCAAUGGUUCCCAGUUUUUCAUGUGAGUAGGCAUAAUUCAGAGAUGAGCUUUUCUUAAACAGAGAAGCGCUGUUCAUGAGAAAGAUGGUAUAGUUAAACCAAGUUUAAAUGCUAGAAUUCUGCCAAAUUGGACUUUGUUACUAAUUUCUAACGUUACAGAACCUGGUAGGCUCUAACAACCGCCUCAGCGUUCAGCAUAUAUCCUCCUUUUGAAGAAUGGUACUUAAAAGAUGUAACUUGAAGAUGUACAUUAUUUUCAAAGUAUGUUGUCGUCUUAGGAAAGGAAAUUGGCUUUGACUUAACAAAUUUGGGGGCUCAGUUUACCAAAACUAGAUUGGAAUAUAAACUAUUGAUCAGCAUUUAAAAAUUGUUCGUAGACUAGGACUAAUGUGCCCUUGGCCUGGAGAACAGUUGUUUUGAGUAAACUGUUGUGUGGUUGCUUUUUCUCUUAUUGUUGCUCUUUGAGCUAAUUUGAGAGAGGUACCAUUAUUUUCUGAUACUGUACAGAGAUGAGUGACUUUGCUAUUGCAUCAGCAUUGUAAAAACUUAAAUCUCUUGAGAUCUCUAUGCAUAAUUGAGUUAAACCAAUAUUGCUGUCAUUUCCACCAAAAUUUAUGAGAUUAGCACUCAGGAAACUUCAGAAUGCUAAAAUUUGCUUUUUAAAAAAAACAAACACCUUUUCAUGUAUGUACAGGCACAACCAAAACCUUACUUGGUUUAGUUAUAUUUUUAGUUAUAUUCUUAUCUAAAGCUACUCUAAAACCUAUUUAUAUUAUAAUCCCAGGAUUUAAAAUAGGAAAGAUAAUUAGCUAGCAUGAAGUUUAAUGCUUUUGAUUAGAAGUAAAUCUCUACAGUUGUACUAUAUAUGUUGGAGAAAUGUUUUAUUCAUGGUUUGCCAGAAAAAGUUCUUGUCAUCUUUCUGAAUGGACGAGUAUGAAUGGCGCUUCCCUGUCUUUAAAGGAGUAAAUUAUUCAUGUAAAAUAAAUCUCACAUUUUAAAUUUGUCUGCAAAAUAGAUUUCCAACAUGAUCUGAUAAAGUUCAGAUAAGGGGCAUUCUGUUCCUAAGAAUGUCCUAAAAAUGGAAAGCUGAUGGAAGAUGACAGUGCUUGGAGCUGUGCAGGAAAAAAGGAAGACCAAAAUUUGUUCCUAGAUUGUGUUGUGAUCCCAUAGAGCAGUAGUUAUUAAUACUUCUCUACUAGGGUAUUUUUCUUUCUUUAACCUUCUUAAGGGCCAAAAAAAAAUAGUGGGAAAUAUUUUGAAAAACUUCCUUUAUAGUAAUUUAAUAUAAAGCUAUUUACUCUUUGAUUGAGGUUUCCCAUUUCCAUUUUUAAGCUUAUCUGAACUGUGAACAUGAUAAACUAAUGAAAUUCAUUGGUCAAGAAGCUACCAUCUGAGGGCUCUAAAGUUUCUUUUAGAUUUCCUUUUUUUAUAUCAGUACAUUAAAAUUUAUCAGGUAGCAGCAGCUUCUUCCCAUUGUUACAUACCAUUUAGCUUGUUUAAUCAAACGUGAAGAGUAAAAACUGGUGUGCAGGUACAUACAUUAAUUAACAUCCAGUAUAUGACAAAGUUGUCCCUUCAAAAAAUUUAUUUUGUUUCUGUGUUAUUUAGUACUUGCUUAAGUCUUUUGUAGGAAUGCUUAGUAUCAAAAUUACGGCCAUUGCUGUUUCUACAUAGUUUAAUUUUACACUGGACUGCUAUUUUUGGCAAGGAAUGCCAAAUGAAAAUUGUAACAUCCGUGAAUUAGGAUUAAAAGUUUUAAGCUUGUUUUCAUAAUUAACUGUAGAAUGGCACUAAAAUCACUCUGAACUUACGUUGAAAGAAAAUUUUCUACUUUUAGUUGAAAUUUGCUUCUGGAAAUGAGUUUGCAGUUAAAAGUAGUCUUGGAAGUAUUUUAGUGUUUUUGUACAUGCAAAAAAAAAUUGUCUUUUUUUUAAAGAAAUUUUUGUGGCAUGUGCUUUUUUGUGCUGGCUGAAAGUACCGGUUCCCCACGGUUGAAGGAUAAAAUAAAACUAACAUUCACCUUUCUAAACAAAACACUUCCUUUCUGUUAUAGAAAGGGGAAAUGGAGAUGAUGGCCCAUAAAAAGAAAAAUCUUUGAAAAUCUCUGUCUUGCAAGCCCAAAUCCUUUUGGAGUUGGAAGUAGUGCAAAAGUAUAAUGUACUAUCUUCAAGUUGUGUCUGUGAUCCCAGCUAAACUCUCAAAGCUGAGGCUGGCUGCGAGUGCGGGCCGUGGCGGAGCCCUCUGUGGGCCGCCCCAGGGUGGUGAGGGUGGUGAGGGUGGUGAGGGUGGUACUGAGCUUCUCCCUCUCACCACAGCUCUUCCUGGGGGCGCCUCAAACAGCUCUUCUGCGUUCCAGACAGGAAAGGGUAGUGUGAAAAUGGGUGGGAAAAUGCCAAGAACUGCCUUGAUAGGUCCAGUUUUAUAGGCUUAACAAGGACUUUUACUACAUCCUUCCACAAUUAUAUUUGUAGUUCAUAUUCUAAAUCUACUACUUUGUCAUUCCCAGGGAGUAAAUUUGGUGCUAUUACUGUAUUUGCAAAAUAUUCCUCAGGGACUCUUGUGCUUUGUGCAGUAACUGUUGUCUUCAUUACUGAAGAAUUUAAAACCUCCCCUUCCUAAGGCAUACAUAAUUUUUAUUAAACAUAAUUGUGCACAUAUUGCUUUCUUUGGAUGUAACAAUCAUGUAAAAACCAGAUUUUCUUCUAUAAAGCCAUUCAUGAUUUUUGCAGUAACUGCUUAUAUCUCCUGCUGUAUCAGUCAUAAUGAUUUUGCUUUGGGGGGCCUACUAUUUCUUUUUGAAAUAGUACUGCUCAAGAAACAUGGAGGAAGUGAUACUGUCCCCAUGAUUCACUGAGGAAAUAAUGGUUUGUUCAUGUUGAAAUAUUUUUGAAGGAAUUCAAAGACCUGGAACCAAAAUAGUAACCAAGUUAACUCAGUAUUUAGUCUUUUUGUUCUUUUUAUUAUUUAUUUGUUGAAGCCAAACACUAGGAAGAAACCAUAAUAAAAGCUAUAGAAUUAUAAAGUCUUAGAGUGGAAAAGGAUUUCAAGAUCAUCUCAUCCAACCUUUUCCUUGUAUAAAUAAUGCAAAGAUAAAAUGACACACGGAAACAUUUUUCAUUUCCUUUGGCUUCCAGUAAUAACAGUCUGUUAAUUCUCUAAUUUUCAUUGUUUUUCUAUACAUUCAUCAACAAGAUAAAGAAGGUAUUAUAUGAAGUAGUCAUUAAAAAGAUUAGGUGGUUUAUAGCUUUGUAUUAAAUAACUAUCUCUUCGGUUAGAGCUACUAUUCUAGCUAUCAGGAGACCUUGGUUCUAGUUUUAUUUGCUAUUUACCUUGAGUUAGUUUGUCUUUCCUUUUUGGCUUAUGAAGUACCUGUCCCAUUCUCAAAGAUAAAUGUGGCAUGAAAUUUUGGGCAUAAAAGGAAGAAAGUGUUUUGUAGGUUGAUCCUUGAUUUCUGAAUAUGUGGAAUGAUUUGUGUGCAAACAUUGUCUUGCCUAAAGGAAAGUAGUUGUAAUUGCCUAAUUUACAUCAGUCUGAAAGGUGCUGCAAAGAAGCUUCAGGCUCAUUUGCCUAAAUUAGGCAGCAGUCUUCAUCAGCUGCGAACAGAACGUUGACGUGGUGGUACACUUGUCUCCCUUCGCUUGGUUUGUGCCACUUUAUGUACAGCCAUGGAGUAGAAAGACCUGCAGAGCUUUGGAGAACAGUCUCUGUCAUUGGCCACUGUCAGUGGUCAUGAUAAUUAUAAAAAUUUAAGAAAACAAGAUAAUGUGGAAAAGUCAAACUUCAAACAAAAAGUGUUAACACGUAUAAAUAGGACUGUGGGAGGAAAAUAUAAAGUAGUUCCAGGAUAUGUCCUAACCAGACUUAGAAAUGGCUGCUCACCUGAGUGGGAGAGAAGUGCCGAUCGUUUCAGAGCAGAGCAAGGGGAGGUGAAGACCGGUUUGGUGUUAAGGGGUUUAUAAAGCUAUGCUGCAAUUUGGGGUAGCAAAAGUAAAUUUGGGCAGAAAUGGUUUUCCCUCCACAUAUUCAUGAAUCUGUAUGAGAAGAAAUGCUAGUAAGUGUCAAUAAUCUGGGAGGUUCUAGUUUUUCCUUCCUUUUUGGGGGUAGUAUCUUUAUGUGUACAUUGCAAGAUUUUUCAUCAGCAAAGAUGUUGGUGAAACUUAACCAUAAACCAAGUUCUCUGAGUAUCAAGUGUCAUCUGUAACAUCCAGUCUUAAUAUCACUUAGUGUUUAUGUGACAUAUGUAUUAGCAUGGAAGGAAUUUUGUAUCUAGUGGUGUUUGAUGUAUAUUAUGUUAACAUUAGUGCUGAAUUUUUGAAAGCUCUCUAUUUGGUGACUUUUGGAACACAUAGGGAGAGCUCUGUAACAUGGCUUGGGUAGUUUCCAUGGCCCUUACACAAGCUGUGUCUCUCACUAUCAUUUGGUGCCUCUUCCAUGAUGGUGUGGUAGUUUCAGGAGUUGAAGGAAAAAAUUGCAUGUUCAAGGCUGCAUUAGACAGAAAGAGGUUAUCUUUAUGUUCAUACUACUUUACACCUGGAGUCACUUUUUUUUUUUACAACAUUCAUUGAAUACACCACAUUAUUUGAAACAUCAUAUUCUUUUUGACAGUAAUUCAUGUAUCAAUGCCUUUAUAAGAAAUUAAAGCUUGUUUUUAAAUAUUUCAAGAUUUAAUAGUCUGAAACCUUUAUAAAGAAUUUUGUCCACUAUAUAUAAUAUGGAUUUUGGUCUGAGUAUAUAGAUAUGUUUAAUAGAUUUAAAGUUGGUUAGACUGUAUUUUUUGAAAAAAAUUUUUUACAAUGGGGAAAAUCAGAGAUUAGGCAGGAAAAGCAAGUAUCUUGGCCAAAAUUUGAUAGCAUACUUUUAUACUUUUCAUCUCUUGCCUUUUUAUCCUUUGAGAAGAUCCUAAAAAUUCUAGUCAUGCUGCUUUAUUGUUUUUUUAUUAUUAUUAUUAUUAUUAUUAUUAUUAUUAUUAUUAUUAUUAUUAUUUUCGGGGGCUUAACAACUAUAGAAGUGUCGAACAGAAACUAUGGUCCAAAUUUUGCUCACUUAUUCCUAAUAGUGGUCUGUUGGGUGUGAUGAAAAAAAGAUUUCAAAUGUAGACACAUGAAAGAUUUUUAACUACCUGAAGUGAAUUACUAAAGAAAGAAGAGAAAGUUCCCUUAAAUUUUGUUUUGAAUUCUCUUAACUCAGUCCUUUUCAUUGACAUUUUUGCUUUCCACUGGUAGUAACUGCUCCAAGGCAUUCAGAUUUUUAUAUUCAUGUAUGUACUCAGGAUACAUUACUCUUUUUUUGAGAAAGAUGUUGGUUGACUUAGCUAGUUUGUAGGAUUUGCAAAGCGAAAUACACUGGUUACUCGCACUCUAGUGUUAACAAUAUUAAGGCUCUGAGCAGAUUCCCACCUUCACCACAGUGUUUUUCUUAAGCAUAGUUCGUCUCUACAUACAUAUCCUAUGUGAAAGAAAAUUUAGAGCCCUCCAUUUUAAAAAAGCUUUCUUGCUUUGCAUAAAACUUGAAAAUAUUUAAUUUCAAAGUUAUAUUGAUAUUAAAACAUAGAUUCAGUCUUGUCUUAAAAGUGUAUUACAAUUUAUUUCUUGCCAUUUUUGUGUAAAAUUUACAGAAAGAGUGUUACACCGUGCGCUCCAAAGUACCACAAAACCUGCUCCACACCUGGAUGGGGUUCAUGUCGUCUUUGGAUUAGUUAUUUCUGGUUUUGAAGUUAUCGAACAGAUUGAAAAUCUGAAAACGGAUGCUGCAAGUAGACCUUAUGCAGAUGUGCGAGUUAUUGAUUGUGGGGUGCUUGCCACAAAAUCAACAAAAGAUGUUUUUGAGAAAAAAAGGAAGAAACCAACUCAUUCAGAAGACUCGGAUUCCUCUUCCAAUUCCUCUUCCUCUUCAGAAUCUUCUUCAGAAAGUGAAAUUGAACAUGAGAGAAGCAGAAGAAGGAAACGUAGGAGGCGGCCAAAAGUUAAACAUUCUAAAAAGAGACGAAAGGAAGCAAGCAGUUCAGAAGAGCCAAGGAAUAAACAUAUAAUGAGCCCAAAAGGUCACUCAGAGAGGAGUGAUACCAAUGAAAAAAGGUCAGUUGAUUCAAAUGCUAAAAGAGAAAAGCCUGUGGUCCGCCCAGAGGAGAUUCCUCCAGUUCCUGAGAACCGAUUUUUACUGAGAAGAGAUAUGCCUCUUGUCACCGUGGAACCUGAACCGAAGAUUCCUGAUGUUACACCUGUUGUAAGUGAUCAAAAACCAUCUGUAUCAAAAUCUGGACGGAAGAUUAAAGGAAGGGGCACAAUUCGCUAUCACACUCCUCCAAGAUCAAGAUCAUGUUCUGAAUCAGACGAUGAUGAUAGCAGUGAAACUCCUCCUCACUGGAAAGAAGAAAUGCAGAGAUUAAGAGCAUACAGACCACCUAGUGGAGAAAAAUGGAGUAAAGGAGAUAAAUUAAGUGACCCCUGUUCAAGCCGAUGGGAUGAGAGAAGCUUGUCCCAGAGAUCCAGAUCGUGGUCCUAUAAUGGAUAUUAUUCAGACCUUAGUACAGCAAGACACUCCGAUGGUCACCAUAAAAAACGCAGGAAAGAGAAAAAGGUUAAACAUAAAAAGAAAGCUAAAAAGCAGAAGCGUUGCAGAAGACACAAGCAGACCAAGAAGAGAAGGAUUAUUGUACCAUCAGACAUAGAAUCCUCAAAAUCUUCCACCCGAAGAAUGAAAUCCUCUUGUGACAGAGAAAGGAGAUCUCGUUCUUCCUCGUUAUCAUCUCAUCACUCAUCAAAGAGGGACUGGUCUAAAUCUGAUAAGGGUGACCAGAGUUCUUCAACCCAUUCCAGCAGAGACUCCUACAGAUCUAAAUCUCACUCGCAGUCUUAUUCCAGAGGAAGCUCAAGAUCAAGGACUCCAUCAAAAUCCUCAUCACAUUCUCGAAGUAGAUCAAAGUCCAGAUCUACUUCCAAGUCAGGGCACCAAAGGACAGCAUCAAAAUCACCAAGACGAACAACCUCUCAGUUAAGUGAAAAUAAGCCAGUUAAAACGGAACCUUUAAGAGCAACAGUGCCACAAAAUGAAAACGUCGUAGUACAACCAGUGGUAGCAGAAAAUAUUCCUGUAAUACCACUGAGUGACAGUCCCCCUCCUUCAAGGUGGAAGCCGGGACAGAAGCCCUGGAAGCCCUCUUAUGAGCGAAUUCAGGAAAUGAAAGCUAAAACAACCCAUUUGCUGCCCCUCCAAAGCACUUACAGUUUAGCAAAUAUCAAAGACACUGGAAGUUCAUCAUCCUACCAUAAAAGAGAAAAAAAUUCAGAAAGUGAUCGGAGUGCUUAUUCAAAAUACAGUGAUAGAAGUUCGGAAAGUUCACCAAGGUCAAGGAGCAGAUCUUCUAGGAGUAGAUCUUAUUCCAGAUCAUACACAAGGUCACGAAGUCUAGCUAGUUCACAUUCAAGAUCUAGGUCUGCCUCAUCUAGAUCUCAUUCACGAAAUAAAUACAGUGAUCGUUCACAGUGUAGUAGAUCAUCGUCAUACUCCUCCGUUAGCAGUGAUGAUGGAAGACGAGCCAAGAGAAAAUUUAGAUCCAAUGGGAAAAAAAGUAACACUUCAAAUAAGAGGCACAGCAGCAGCUCUGAGAAGAGACUUCGCAAUAAAUAUGUGAAAAGCAGAGACAAGUCUUCGAGUCAGAGGAAGUAUAGCGAAAGCAGGUCAUCUUUAGAUUAUUCUUCGGACAGUGAACAGUCAAGUGUUCAGGUUACACAGUCAGCCCAGGAAAAAGAGAGGCAAGUCCAGAUGGAAAUGAACAAUAAGCAAGAGAAAAACAGAGAUGAAGAGAAAUCCAAGCCUGAACAGGAAUGCCCUCGUUCAAAGAAAAGGGCCUUGAAAGAGAAUCUUUCUGAUCACCUUAGAAAUGGCAAUAAGCCCAAAAGGAAGAAUUAUGCUGGGAGUAAAUGGGACUCUGAGUCAAACUCUGAACGAGAUGUAACUAGAAACAAUAAAAAUAUUUCCCGGCCAUCUUCUGAUAAGGAGGAAGGUGAAGCUACGUCAGAUUCUGAGUCAGAAUUUGGUGAAAUUCACAGCAAAGCCAAACCCCCAACAAAGUCUUCGGCAAGUACUUCGUUGCCUGAUGGUAAUGGUGCUUGGAAAUCAAGUAAGCAGCGGUCUUCAACCUCUGAUUCCGAGGGGUCCUAUUCCAAUUCAGAAAACACUAGAAGAAAGGCACGGAAGCACAAAUACGGGUCAAAGGAAAAUCUUAGACGGGAACAGACCAAAAAAGCAAAGGAGAAACUGAAAGGGAAAAAAGACAAAAAGCACAAGGCUCCAAAACGAAAACAGGCAUUUCACUGGCAGCCUCCACUAGAAUUUGGUGAGGAGGAGGAGGAGGAGACUAGUGAGAAACAAGUUACUCAAGAGGCAAAAGAGAAAAAACAAGUUUCUGAAAAUAGUGAGACCAUGAAAGAAAACAUUUCGCACACCGAGAGGUCUUGCGAAGAGGGCCGCCUUUCAGGUAAAUGUAAUCUCAUCAUGACUUCAUCAGAUACUGGGCAGCCUACUAAAGAGGAUAGUAAACUGGGCACUUCUCCCACAGCUUUCAGUUCUGACGAACAGGGAGCCGCUUCUCCCUCCAGCAUUCAGCAUAUUGCAGAAAGGGCCCCAAGCGGAGUGGAGGAUGUGCUGCAGACAGAUGACAACAUGGAGAUUUGCACUCCUGAUAGGAGUUCCCCAGCCAAGGAGGCAUCCCCUCUAGGAAAUUCAAGUCUUGCCACCCCAGACGUAAACGUUGUUCUACAACAGGAUAUGCACGCAGAGCAUCCUGAGACAGAGGAGGGAAAACAGGAAAGCAAAAUGAUGGGGGACGUGGGGAAGCGGGACAGCAGCCCUGCUAGCCUGGCCAGCGCCACAGAAAGCACUGUGAAGAGAGAGGCGGCUGAGAAGAGCCAGAUGGGCCUCCUGGAUAACAAAUGGAAGCCCCUGCAAGGGGUGGGGAACCUGGCAGCACCGACGGCCCCCACGGCCAGCGCCACGGAGGUGAAGGCACUGACUGCUGCUCCUGAGAUGAAGCCACAAGGCUUGAGGAUAGAAAUUAAAAGCAAAAAUAAAGUUCGGCCUGGGUCUCUCUUUGAUGAAGUAAGAAAGACGGCACGCUUAAACCGGAGGCCAAGGAAUCAGGAGAGUUCAAGUGAUGAGCAGACCCCUAGUCGGGAUGGGGAUAGCCAGUCCCGGAGUCCAAGCAGAUCUCGUAGUAAAUCUGAAACCAAAUCAAGACACAGAACACGGUCUGUCUCCUACAGUCACUCAAGAAGUCGAUCGCGAAGUUCCACAUCAUCUUAUCGAUCAAGAAGCUAUUCUAGAAGUCGGAGCAGAGGAUGGUACAGCAGAGGCCGCACAAGAAGCCGGAGCAGUUCCUACCGCAGUUACAAAAGUCAUAGGACAUCCAGCAGGAGCAGAUCCAGGAGCAGCUCGUACGACCCCCAUAGUCGGUCCAGGUCCUGCACUUACGAUAGCUACUACAGCACGAGUCGGAGUCGCAGCAGAAGCCAGAGGAGCGACAGUUACCGCCGAGGCAGAAGGUACAGCAGGCGAUCCAGGAGUUGUAGAUCUUACGGCUCUGACAGUGAAAGUGACCGAAGUUACUCUCAUCACCGGAGCCCCAGUGAAAGCAGCACAUAUAGUUGAAAAUGUCCCCUUUUUUGAUACAAAUUAUAUCUUAUUUGUAAAUAUCUGGUAACUUAAAAAUGUAAGAAACUUAAUGGCAGUCUGUUGUUCUAUUUCAACAUUAGAAAUAAGUUUCGAAAAUAGGCACUUCUUAAUUGUUAUUGUCCAUUUACAUGUGCACAGAAUUUAAAAUACAGAUAUGUCUCCUAAAAAUAUUUUUAUGCCACAUUUUACAGUAGCCAACUUCGGGAAUGAAUUUCAUUUUCUUGAAUCAAGAAAUCAUGAAAUUUAAGUAUAAUUUGCAAUAUUAUUUUAGACAGAUUACUUCUUUCCAUCUCAUGUAUUCCUUAGAAUACAGAUUCUUUUUGCCCGUUUUUCAGGUCUUAGCGUAUAUGCUGCCAAGCCCAGAACUGUGAAGAACUGCUAAAGGUGGCCAAAUAUUUAUAUACCAGUUACACCGUCUUAUGCAUAUGUGCUCUUAGAAACAAACCACCCAGAAUCGAUACUGAUGGUAGCCAGGAGUCUUAAGGCAGUGGCUCUGGAGUUCUUAACUCAUUCCUUCCUUCUUGGUGGUCUCAGAGGGUCAGGAAAGUGGUCAUCAUACAGCCCACCGUCUGUAUUACUCCAGGCUGGCGGGUGAGGUUGGGAAGAAUAAAUCAGCCUUAACUAUAAAUACCUGCACUGUCUCCAAGGCCCUAAUGUUUUAUGUGCUUUUUAAUAAAUACUAUCAGAAGUUUAGAUUGUAAAAAACAAUUCUGUUCUGGUUCAUCUUUGGGUGCUCGGUACCUUUUGGUGCCUCUUCAAGUAUACUUUACAUUAGAAUCUCACAGGAGAGAGAGAAGUGAUUUUUUUUUUUUUUUUUUUUUAAUUCGCUGGCACCAGGCAUGGUUCCUUCUGGGCUACAUUCACUUUAAGUAUCUGGAGGGUUUCUCUCAAGCUCAGGUGUGGCUUGGGGCCCCCUGGAGCAGGCAGGAUUGGCACAGAGGGUCGCGUGGCCCCUCGGGCUUGCUGCACAGAACUGGCACGCGUGCCUCCGGGAGAGCGGAUUGAAGAGUAGAAUUCAGGGUACCGCCAGACCUCACUGCCACAUCCCGGGGACAUUUUGGAGGGCUUUCCAGUCUUUCAGGUUAAGGGAGCUCUACCACAACAGCGGCUGAGCUGUUCUAAGCACCAGCACGUUUGUCUUCUUUCCGCUGUGACUCACUCUGACUCCGUGAAGCUCACAUGACAUGAUAAGUCCAGGGGAAGAGGGGUGUACAGGACUGCACAAAUCACACUUUUUCAGUUUCGGGUGGUUCCUCCAAAAAUGGUUUGACCUGUAAAAACUGGUGUUUUUUGGUUUUGGGGUUUUUUUAAUCUUUGAGUUUUUUCCCCCAAGUGUACUUAAUCACCUUAGUGCCAGUUUAAGCCAGUUGUACAGAAGAAAUUCAUAUUGGAUGUUUGAUGUGGGACUCUGCUCCACCCUCCCCAGGCCUUGCUUGGGGUACUUGGGAAGUGGGAAAGAGCCCUCAGUUGGAGGGAUCUGACAACCUUGAUGGGUGGAAGGGUGACCUUGGAUAUAUUAAAACCAUCACCCAUAAAAGGUUCAUAAACAGGGUUAAAUGGUCAGCUGUUUGCCAGGUUGAUAGACGAGAGUGCAUUAGGAAAACAGGACCCAAGUCAAACAGACGUACUUCCUAGUGAGUACAGAACAAUGCAUGAUUCAUGUGAAGGGUUUUCAAGUUGCCUGUAACACUCGGUGAAAAAAACCCUACAUUCAGAAAGACAGAAACUGCCAAAUCUAAUUAGGUUAAGAAAAGUUACCCUUGGACAAUGUAUUCGUUUUCUACUGCUAUGUAACAAACUACCCCACACUUAGCAGCUUAAAACAACACCCAUUUCUUAGCUCACAGUUCUGUAGCUUGUGAGUCUGGCACAGUAUGGCUGGAUUCUCUGCUCAGGGUCUCAACAAGGCUGAAAUCAAGGGUCAGCAGGGCAGCAUCCUUUUAUGGAGGCUCUAGGGAGGCAUCUACUUCCAAGUUCAUUUGGUUCCUUGCUGGUUGUCAGCCGGAGGCUUCUCCCUCAGCUCCUGAAGGCUGCUCACAUUCCUUCGUGCACAUUCCCCUCCAUCUUCAAACCCUCAGUGGCCUUCCCAUCCCCCUGCCUUCCUCCUUCAUUUUUGAGGUUCGUGUGAUUAGAUCAAGCCAACUGAUCAAGUCUCCCUAUUUUUAGGUCGGCUCUGCCGUAGAACAUAGCAUAAUCACAGGAGUGACUGCACAGGCGCAGGCUCGGAUCGGGGCACAAAGCGAGGGGUGCGGGUGGGGCAGGCUGUCCUAGAACCCUGCCUACCCCAGACAAUAACUGCCCACUGCCGGCGCGGGGUGGGGGGGGACUGUCAUCCCAAAAAAGGUGGGCCCUGGAAGCCUCGAUUGUUUCCUCCAUGGAAAAGAACAGCCCUCAGCCGCAGCAUUCAAUUGUGUUUACUGAAUGAACUACAGAAAUAGCUUUUCUGCCUAGAGGGGAUUGUUCUGUAUUUUAAGUUAUUUUUUAAUAAAAUUUAAUUAUGUUGUGUAUUGUGCUUCUUAAUAGAAAAUGUAUUGGACUGUUUUUGUAACGUCUUGUUUACUGCAAAUGAAACAUGAUAUAGCUGGUAUUGUUCAAACCUGUAGAAAAUACUUUUGUACAUAUUGGCAAUAUCUAAUUUGUAUACACUUCAUUUAAAUGUUCCUAAAACUUGAAAGGGGGACCUUGUAGAAAUUAAAAUAUAUACUUAGUCUAAA